GUGCCUAUCUUGUGCCAUACUUAAUUUUGCUACUGAUAAUAGGGAUUCCACUCUUUUUCUUGGAGCUUGCUGUGGGCCAGAGGAUCCGCCGAGGGAGUAUUGGUGUGUGGAAUUAUAUCAGCCCCAAACUAGGAGGAAUUGGAUUUGCAAGCUGUGUAGUAUGUUUCUUCGUGGCUCUGUACUACAAUGUCAUAAUUGGAUGGAGUCUGUUUUACUUUUCCCAGUCUUUUCAGCAUCCAUUACCAUGGGACCAGUGUCCUUUAGUCAAAAAUACAUCUCAUACCUUUGUGGAGCCAGAGUGUGAAAAAAGUUCUGCAACCACUUAUUACUGGUACAGAGAAGCGCUGAAUAUUUCCAGCUCUCUGUCAGAGAGCGGGGGUUUAAAUUGGAAGAUGACUAUCUGCUUGCUGGCUGCCUGGGUCAUGGUAUGCCUAGCCAUGAUCAAAGGCAUUCAGUCUUCAGGCAAAAUCAUGUAUUUUAGUUCCCUUUUUCCUUAUGUGGUACUUUUAUGCUUUCUGAUCAGAGGACUACUCCUUAAUGGGUCAGUGGAUGGAAUUCGUCACAUGUUCACACCUAAGCUUGAAAUAAUGCUGGAGCCCAAGGUCUGGAGAGAAGCUGCUACUCAGGUGUUCUUUGCCUUAGGGCUUGGAUUUGGUGGAGUCAUUGCCUUUUCAAGCUACAACAAGAGAGACAACAACUGCCAUUUUGAUGCUGUACUGGUGUCCUUCAUCAAUUUUUUCACUUCUGUGCUGGCAACUUUGGUGGUGUUUGCAGUUCUGGGCUUCAAAGCCAAUAUCAUAAAUGAAAAAUGUGUUAUCCAAAAUUCAGAGAAGAUUUUAAAACUUUUGAAAACAGGCAAUCUGAGCCAUGAUAUGAUCCCGCAUCAUAUCAAUUUCUCGAGCAUUACUGCAGAAGAUUACAAUUUAGUUUAUGACAUUAUUCAGAAAGUUAAAGAAGAAGAGUUCGAUUCUCUCGGUCUGAAAUCUUGUCAAAUUGAAGAUGAACUUAACAAGGCAGUACAAGGAACUGGUUUAGCUUUUAUUGCCUUUACAGAAGCAAUGACCCACUUCCCUGCUUCUCCCUUCUGGUCAGUCAUGUUCUUCCUCAUGUUGGUAAAUUUGGGACUUGGAAGUAUGUUUGGAACCAUUGAAGGCAUCAUCACACCCAUUGUUGAUACCUUCAAAGCCAGGAAAGAAAUUCUUACUGUCAUCUGCUGCUCGGUAGCAUUUUUUAUUGGCCUGAUAUUUGUGCAGCGCUCUGGAAAUUAUUUUGUGACGAUGUUUGAUGACUACUCGGCUACUCUGCCCCUGCUUAUUGUGGUCAUUUUGGAGAAUAUUGCAGUCACCCGAAUUUAUGGAAUAGACAAAUUUAUGGAGGAUCUAAAGGAUAUGCUUGGAUUUUCUCCAAGCCAGUAUUAUUACUACAUGUGGAAGUAUGUUUCACCUUUAGUAUUGUUCUGUUUGCUGGUAGCUAGCAUUGUCCAAAUGGGAUUAAGUCCUCCUGGCUACAAUGCUUGGAUUGAAGAUUCGGCUACGGAACAGUUCCACAGCUAUCCAACAUGGGGAAUGAUCGUCUGUAUAUCUCUGAUGGUGUUGGCCAUACUGCCAGUCCCAAUAGUCUUCAUGGUGCGCCGUUGCAACCUUAUCGAUGACAGCUCUGGUAGUUUGGCAUCUGUAUCCUACAAAAGAGGCCGGAUAAUAAAGGAACCUGUUAAUCUGGAGGGAGAUAAUACAAGUCUGAUUCAUGGGAAGAGUCCAAGUGAAGUGCCAUCUCCAAAUUUUGGCAAAAACAUAUAUCGAAAACAGACUGGAUCACCAACUCUGGACACUGCUCCAAAUGGACGUUAUGGUAUCGGGUACCUGAUGGCAGAUAUGCCUGAUAUGCCAGAGUCUGAUUUGUAACUGCAGAACAAAAUGCUGUUUCUUUCUCCUCUCUCACUGAU